GACAGGCUGCAGCACCCGGAGGGAGGCACACAGCGAGCGGGGAGGCAGAGUGGCGACGAGCCGCGGGAGGAAAGCGCGUCCCCCGCCUGCCGCCCGUGGUCAGGACUAGAAUGUUCUAUGCUCGCCGUGCAUUUCCCCGCCACACGAACCCGCCGCCGCGGCGUCGUCUCCCCGCCGCCUGAAGCCCAGAUGCUCGCCCUGUCCGCCGCCGACAUGGACGAGUCUUCGUCCCUGCUGGACCUGCUGGAGUGCUCGGUGUGCCUGGAGCGCCUGGACACGACGGCCAAGGUGCUGCCGUGUCAGCACACCUUCUGCCGCCGCUGCCUGGAGAACAUCGUCAGCUCCCGGAACGAACUGCGCUGCCCGGAGUGUCGCAUCCUGGUGGACUGCGGGGUGGACGACCUCCCCGCCAACAUCCUCCUCGUCCGCCUGCUGGACGGCAUCAAGCAGCGGCCCCGGCGAGGCAGCGUCGGAGCGGGCGGCGGCAGGCAGACUUUGCAGGGCUGCGCAGCCGGGAUAUGCGCCUCUCCUGCGGGCAGCGCCAUCCGGGAACUACCGGUCGCUACACGGAGCUCCCCUGUGAAGAACAUCCCGGCUCUGCCGUGCGGGAAGGCGCUGUACUCGUACGAGGGCAAGGAGCCGGGGGACCUGCAGUUCUCCAAAGGCGACAUCAUCAUCCUGCGACGCAAAGUGGACGACAAUUGGUACCACGGCGAGCUGAACGGCUGCCACGGCUUCUUGCCCGCCAGCUACAUCCAGCUGCUGCGGCCCCUCAGCCAGACGCCACCUCAGGGCAAAGCACUGUAUGACUUUGAGAUCAAAAACAAAGACCAGGAUAAAGACUGUCUGGCGUUCAGCAAGGAUGAAGUGCUGACAGUAAUCAGACGAGUGGAUGAAAACUGGGCAGAAGGCAUGCUGGGAGACAAGAUUGGUAUCUUCCCCAUUCUCUACGUGGAGUUGAAUGAAACGGCCAAGCAGCUGAUGGAGAUGGACAAGCCGACCACGACCAACGUGCCGGGCCCCAGCUCUGAGCCGGCCCCGUUGGGUCCCUGUUCUCUCGGGCCCUCCCCCGGCACCUCGCCGUCCAACGGGAACGGCCCGGCCCAUCGGCGAGGCGAAGGGAAGAAGAACGCCAAGAAGAGGCACUCCUUCUCGGCGCUGUCCGUCAGCCAGCGAGCGGCCCAGCUCAACAACAGACACAGCAUGGAGAUCUCCCAUCCGGUCCUCAUCAGCUCCUCGGACCCUAGGGCCGCCGCUCGCAUCCAGGACGCAUCGUCCCCGGGUCCCUCGCCCUCCUCGCCAGGGGGGCCGAAGGUGGCCUCCAUAACCUCGGAGCUGUUGGCCCACGCCAAGGUGCAGCUGCCUCUCAACAUCUACCUAGCUCUGUACGCCUACAAGCCGCAGAAGGCGGACGAGCUGGAACUGCGGAAAGGCGAGAUGUACCGUGUGACGGAGAAGUGUCAGGAUGGAUGGUUCAAAGGCACCUCGCUGAGAACGGCCGGCUCCGGAGUCUUCCCAGGAAACUAUGUCACCCCUGUGUCCAGGGCGACAUUUGGAGUCUCUGCUCCUCGUGGAUCGUGUGUGUCCGGCCCAGGAAAUGGUGGAAGUAGUCAGGUGGGGGGUAAAACCUCAGACCCCUCCUCUCCGGCGUCCCCGGGCCCCUCUUCGUCGCGACCUUCCACCCCGCUGGCCAACUCGGUUAGCCCCGCCUCCUCGCCGCAGACGGCGGCGGCGCAGCUGAAGAACUGCUUGCGCUCGGCUCAGCAUCCGCUCUCCCAGACACGCACCUCCAUGCAGCUGAUCCACAGCCCCCCUGCUGGGAGCCCAGAGCGACCCCAAGUUUCCAUAUCCUCCCUGCGCUCUCAGAGCUCCUCCCCCUCACGCUGCUCCGGCCAAUCAGGUCGCCCCCUCUCCAUGACGUCCCCAGGGCCCAGUUUGGGCCCCUCGCCGCUGUCUUCCCCCGCCUCUCGGCCCCACCUGCCCCUCUCGUCUCCUCUGUCCUGCCUCACGCCUCCCAACGUGUCUGCGGCGCUCCUCAACGGGGAGACGGGCAGUCCCCUUCACCCGCCCUCGCCGGGACCCUCCCACACGCCCUCGCCGCCCGCCCUCGCACCCAAGCCUGAAAAGAGUGGUGUUUACCUGCACUACACCUGCCUUCUCUGCAUCCUGGGGUUCACCACCGACAGAACCUAA